CCGGGGUUACUAAAAAAAUCUUCUAUCUGCCUUAAAGAGGUUUAAAUAAAUCCAAAAUGAUUACACAAUGUUAUAUUUGAAAUAUACAAUCAAUAAAUAUGACGAUGGGCAAAAUUAAAUAUUAAUAUAUCUUUUUAUAGCAGCCGAAUUCAGAUUAGCCUCAAGAUACGGAACGGUGAAGUCUCAAUUCGUGUUUCAGCCGAACACAAUUACCAAACAAACUGCACAUCGCGUUGGGGGUCAAAUGCUUUGAAGAUGUGCUCGUAGCGUUUUUAAAAAUGUCAAGUUUCUCCAGAUCUGCUCAGCAAUGGGCGACUUUUGCCCGCUCCUGGUUCCUCAUUGAUGCCAGGAUGCAGCCACCAGGCAAGAUCGCGACCAUGUCUUCUGUUAGAUUACAGGGGAAACACAAACCUAUCUACCAUGCACUGAGUGACUGUGGAGAUCAUGUGGUAAUAAUAAACUCCAAACACAUUGCCUUUUCUGGGAACAAAUGGGAGCAGAAAGUCUACUCGUCACACACAGGGUAUCCGGGUGGAUUUAAACAAGUCACAGCAGCUCAGCUUCAUCAAAAGGAUCCAAAAGCUAUUGUGAAGUUAGCAAUUUACGGUAUGUUGCCUCGAAAUCUUCACCGAAGGACCAUGAUGCAGCGAUUACACAUCUUUCCUGAAGACGAAUUGCCAGAAGACAUUCGAGCCAACCUGACAGAGGAGCUUCCUCAGCCCAGAGAGAUCCCCAGGAAACUCAGUGAAUACACCCAGGAGGAGAUUGACGCCUUCCCCAGACUGUGGACGCCACCUGAAGACUACAAGGCAAAAUGAAAUCCAAAAAGCAGAAGUUUUUUUUUUUUUUUUUUUUGUCAUAUACGUUAAACACUGUUAGCAACAGUUCCCUCAAUUGCAAUUGUUACAUUUAUUAGUUUGUGGCCAAACAGGCUUUAAAGGAUUAAAACAGACAAAAGCAGCUUUUCUCUGAUUAUAUGAGACAUUAAAAUGAGCCUUUGUGGAAAUUCAGCCAACGGUUUUUAUUUCUUCUCUACAACGGACAUCAAGGCUUGAUCAGACUUUCAGCACCGAGCUGCUCUGUAGAUGCCACCAGAAUCAACACAAACUCCAUCCACCUCUCUCUCUCUCUAACACAGUCUCUCUGUCAACUGCCUUGGCCUGGACAUGGCCACAACAGACCUGAAUUAUCCAGGAACAGCUUGAGACUUCACCAUGUGGUUCAGCUCUGAUCAGAGAAAAUCAGAUUCUGUGACUCUUUGUCUGAUUUAUAGAAGCAUGAAACGUUCAGAUCUGGCCCGUGAAAAUGACAUCUGUUAGAGCGGGUCUUGCCUCUUAAAGGUUUCACUGUGAAACUAAUUCGGUUGCUAUGACAAUAUCAGCAGGCUGCAAAUUUGAACUUCAGUCAGGACUUGUGUUUUCAUUGUUUCCACAAAUUUGUCAAAGUAUAAAUCAGUCCUGUGUUAGUGAAUUGCAAAAUGGUCUAAUAAACCAUUUAAUGAA